CGAUGCCCGUCAUUCGUGCAUCUACCACAUCGCAAAGCAACCCUAAUCUAAAUCGCUGAGUCAUUCGCCAGGAGUCGUCGGCACAGAGCACAUCGUUGCCAGUCUCGAAGUCCCGUCUUUCGAGCUCGGUCAAUCCGAGUCUCGAGCUUAGCAGCAAACAUCAUGGCGAUGAACAAGGGGACUACUGGAUAUGACCCUUCGCAGAUGGGGCAGAUGGGAAGGAAAGAAGUAUACGACCGGCCCCUCACAAACAGUUUCGAGAAAGGAAUCAGUCGGCCCCUCUCCGACGCCGACGCCCGCCUCCAGAGACAUCCCAUCAACUCCGGUAUGGCUUUGUCGAGCCGUGAUACUGCAUUAAGUAGAAAGGCGAGCUCGUUACAUCCCUCUACCUCCGAGCCACCCAUAAACCGGGGUGAAAAGAUUGCAAUCGGUUUCCUAGUCGUAGUCGCGGCAGUCGUGCGACUAUGGAAGAUCUGGUCUCCAACGAGCGUGGUCUUCGAUGAAGUACAUUUCGGGGGCUUCGCUUCCAAAUAUAUUAGACAAGUCUUCUUCAUGGACGUACAUCCUCCAUUGGCAAAGCUGCUCAUUACGCUGGCUGCAAAGAUCGGGGGGUUUGACGGGAACUUUGACUUUAAAGAUAUCGGCAAGGACUAUAAGGAGCCUGGAAUCGACGUUCCAUACGUUACCAUGCGGAUGCUGCCAGGCAUUCUAGGCAUUGCUAUAAUACCGCUUGCCUAUCUGACCUUGCGGUCACUCGGAACACGCAAGACAACAGCAACAUUAGGCGCUGCCCUAGUCAUCUUCGAGAACGGUCUCGUCACUCAGUCCCGCUUGAUCCUCCUCGAUUCGCCACUCGUAUUCUUCACUGCUCUGACAGCAUUUUUCUGGGUGCGGUUCUCCAAUGUGGACUUUUCGGGCGUUCCUUUUGGCAAAAGUUGGUGGUCGUACCUCUUGAUGACGGGUCUCUCGUUAGGGGCCGUGGUCUCUUGCAAAUGGGUCGGCCUUUUCACUAUCGCUACAGUGGGACUGUGUGUUCUGCGACAACUUUGGCUCCUGUUGGGCAAUCUCAAGGUUACCCCCCGGAUGUGGAUGCGCCACUUUGCCGCGAGAGCCUUAUGCCUCAUUGUGGUACCCUCACUGUUCUAUAUGGCGAUGUUCCAGAUCCACUUUUGGAUCCUGAACCGAAGCGGGGACGGAGAUGGCUUCAUGAGCUCGGAGUUUCAGCAUACGCUUAUCGGACACGGCAUGGAAGACACGUACGCGGAUGUCUCGCUCGGCUCGGUUAUUAGCAUUCGGCAUGUUGCGACUCAGGGAGGAUACCUGCAUUCACAUCCCCACGCUUAUCCCGGAGGCAGUAAUCAGCAACAAAUCACAUUGUAUCCUCAUCGUGAUGACAACAAUCUGUGGCGCGUCGUCAAUGCCUCGUCUGAUGCCGAAUCUGGUUCGAGCGAUUGGAAAUCGUCUCCUCUUCACCAUGUCGAAAAUGGCUUGAAAAUACGGCUGGAACAUACGACGACUGAAAAGAGGCUACAUUCCCAUGAUGUGAGACCUCCUGUAAGCGAGGUUGACUUCCAGAACGAAGUAUCAGGCUACGGCUUUCCUGGGUUCAUGGGCGACGCCAACGACGACUUUAUCGUCGAAAUAGCUCCUCGAACCCGGGGAGGAAAGGAUAAACAUUUGGCGAGGAAGAGGCUCAGGACCCUUCGGAGUCAUUUCCGCUUGCGUCACGCAAUGACUGGAUGUUACCUGUUUUCGCACAAGGUCAAAUUGCCUGAAUGGGGCUUUGAACAGCAAGAGGUGACUUGCAAUAAGAACCCAACAUGGGAUAAUUCGUUGUGGUACGUGGAGACCAACACCCAUGAAAAACUCGGGCCUGAAGAUGAGAAAGUGAAUUAUCAAAAGCCCGGCUUUAUGGACAAAUUUUUGGAACUCCAGGCGGUCAUGUGGCGAACAAACGCUGGCCUCACCGACAGACACGCUUAUGAUUCCAGACCCAACCAUUGGCCCUGGCUUAGAAGGGGAAUCAAUUUUUGGGUUAAGGAGCAUCGGCAAAUAUACCUCAUUGGGAACCCGGUCAUCUGGUGGUCGAGUAGCUUGGCGAUAACAGUAUACCUCCUUUUCCGCGGAUUCCUGAUCCUUCGUAAUCAACGUGGUUAUCGCGAUCUUCGGAAUCCUAUCUUGCGCACCUAUGACGAGACAUGUGGUUUCCUUGCACUGGCCUGGGCUCUACACUAUCUGCCAUUCUUUUUGAUGCAGCGGCAGUUGUUCUUGCACCAUUACUUUCCAGCGCUCUACUUCGCCAUCCUUUGCGUCUCGGCUACGUUCGAUAUAGUAACGAAGAACGUCAAGUACACCAAACGGAUCCAAGCCGCCCUCAUCUUCUUUCUCUUGGCACUAUACGCAUUCAACCACUUCAGUCCGUUAGCAUACGGCAGUGCAUGGACUAAACAGCAGUGCGAAGCCAGCAAAUAUCUUCGGACGUGGGACUUUUCGUGCGGCGACUUCUACGACCAUCUAGAAGAUUAUGGAGCGAAAACGGACGGUCUGGUCAACGGACCAAGCAGCAAGGCCGAGUCCACGGUUGUCUCUCAAGCGGUGGAGCCUGUCCCGAAUGUCUUCGAAGAGAUACGAGACAAGCAGGCAUCCGAGGAGAAGACGUCUGAGGCCGUGCUGGAGCAGGUACCAGCUCAGGCAGUCUAUACGUCGCACUUAGCGCAAGCGCUUCUGGAAACCCCGGAUACCGAGAUCGACCAAGAUACUCGCGCCCCAGUCGGUAAAGAUGCAGGAGCAGCGGAGCAUACGGGAGCCGAAGCGGCUGUGCGACGAGGAGGAUGGGAGGGAGGCGUCGAGGAUCAGGGUGGUUUGCGAGCGCAGCGGGAAGAGGCGACAACCCCGGCUCAAGUGCUCGAGGUUCCCACGAUGGACCUUGACGGUGACGAUGAAGAAAUGAUAGAUAAGGCUCUGGCGGAGGCUGAGGAGGCAGGGGUUUAGCUAGCAACCUGUAACUCAAACCGAACAUCCGCAAGUGGACCUAUUCGUCGCGAGGUUGGUGAAACAGGCUCUUCCUUCGUCAGCCUUGCAUGACCUGUAUAUGGCCAUUCCAGCCUAGAACUAGCGAUUCACGGGCAAGGUAUCAGGGCAUGAAUCAAAUAACGCAAGCGCGGCGGGGACAUGGUUUGAAGGCUUGUCGUGCGUCCGAAUGCGAUUUGCUGCCUUUCCUAUAAGAGGCCGUGCCAAGAAAACAGGCGAUUUAGCGCUUCGCUCGAGCUGUUAUAUAAUACUAAAGGUCUGGUAAACAGAUCAAUAUCAAUCAUACGCGAUUCCCAAAUACCAUCUGCUUGGCCGUAGAGUAAUUUUGGGGUUCAAUGGGAAGCUGUUCUGAUAGG